CCAGUACAGCCGUGUAAAAAGACCACAAUGCAGGGGAGGCCGAGGAUAGUCACUGCUGUUAGCCUAGCGAGUGCCCUUUGUGUCUCUCUUGGAUUAGCUUACAUUAGCACUGACAGUUAGCUAGCCAGAACUUGGUACAGACCUUUGUAGAGCUGUGCUACCGCCGUGGCUGAGUUCUGAAAGAGGUGCCACAGCUUCUGCUGGCUUUGUUCCGUCUCUUCCUCGGUUUGAUCCCCCUGUUCAGCCUCUGCUAAGCACUGCCGUUCCCACUUGGAGAACCAGUGUUCGGGGCCGUGCUCUUGGAUCUCCGCUUCUCCCUCCUCCUUCCUCUCCUCCAUAGCUAACGAAAGAAGCUAAAGAGCUCGUGUAAAAUGUCGGAUUGUUUAAUCUUCGAAGGUACCUAUCUUCCGUAUCACAUAAGAGAAAUACUUAACACGACCCUAACAAUGUACAGAAACGAGAAAACAAACUGCUGUUAGAGACGCAUUGUGUAUAUUUUAAAUUCCGCCUACACGCCCUGUGUAAAGCACACCAAACUAAAGAACGCGAUGACAACACCGAAGAAUUUCUCGCAAUGGCCACGCCCACUGUCGCUUCUCUGGAAAGUGAUUGGCUGCAGCGCGUUCUGUAGGCGUUUAUCAAUGCUGAACACGAAGCCUGAUUGGACAACGGCAAUACAGAGAAAAGAAGAUGGCUGAAAAGGAGCAGGUUGUUGAAGAUGUCGAGGAGUGUUUCCAGGAACGUGGACCAACUGUCACAUUCAGUAACCUGCACUAUAGCGUCCAGGAGACGAGAUUAUGCUGCAAAAGAGGUCCUGAAAAAUACAUCCUCAAAGAUGUGAGCGGCAUCAUGAGACCUGGGAUGAAUGCUAUCAUGGGUGCCACUGGCAGCGGUAAAACAUCACUGCUGGAUGUGAUAGCAGGCAGGAAAAACCCUGCAGGGCUAAAACAGGGACAAGUCUUAGUGGACGGGAAAGUUGUCACAUCUGAACUGAGACUCAGCUCUGCCUACGUGGUCCAGGAUGAUAUCUUAAUGGGCACCCUUAGUGUGAGGGAGAACCUACUGUUCAGUGCCAACCUGCGUCUCAACCCAAAACUCCACACCUCUUUUGAUAAAAACAGCCGAGUGGAUGCCAUCAUACAGGAACUGGGCCUCACAGACUGUGCAGACACCAAGAUUGGAACAGAGUUCCUGCGUGGUGUAUCUGGAGGUGAGAGGAAACGGUGCAGCAUCGGGAUGGAGCUCAUCACCUCUCCUUCUCUGCUGUUCCUGGACGAGCCAACCACUGGCCUGGAUUCUAACACUGCAAACUGCAUCAUCGGGCUGCUGCACAAGCUGUCCAGAAGAGGUAAGACUGUGAUCUUCUCCAUCCACCAGCCACGCUACUCCAUCUUCAGACAGUUUGACCAUCUGAGCCUGAUGCAUAAAGGAGAGGUCGUGUACGCAGGAGCAGCAGGCCAGGCACUAGAGUACUUCACAAACCUUGGCUACCAAAUUGAGUCCUUCGACAAUCCUGCUGAUUUCUAUAUGGACAUCACAAAUGGAGAAGCAAAGUCCACAUUAGAACCAUUUGCUGCAGAGGAGAGCAAAAACCCGCUGGCAAGCAUGUACCGCCAGUCCAAAAUGUGCCAGACUACACUGGAGGAGUUGGACCAUGUGAACCAGAUUACCGAGGGGGCCAAAUGUCAAGGCAAGGCAGCUGACUAUGCCACAUCCUUUCUCUAUCAGCUGCGGGUGGUGUGUGGCAGGACGGUGAGGAACAGUCUGAGGAACCCUCAGACCUCUUACGCCCAGUUGGCUCUUAACAUCUUCUUCGCAAUUCUAGUGGGACUCAUUUAUUACCAAAUGCCAUUAACGCUGCCCGAGGCUUUACAGAACAGGAGUGGAGCGUUCUUCUUCCUUAUCAUAAACAUGGUGUUUGGAAAUCUCUCUGCAGUUGAACUCUUUAUCAACGAACGAGCGAUCUUCAUUCACGAGAACUCCAGUGGUUAUUACCGCACCUCUGUCUACUUCCUGUCAAAGAUCUUUGCUGACCUCAUCCCCAACCGCAUCAUCCCAAUCUUUGUGUUUUCAGCCAUUGCCUACUACAUGAUGGGGUUGAAGCCUGCCUUUACGGCCUUCAUGUGUUUUGCCCUCACCAUGUCUCUGGUCAGCCUGGCAGGAGUCGGGUUGGCCUUCCUCGUCUCAGCCAGUGUGUCUUCAUUCGCCAUGGCUAACAUCCUCAUCGCUCUACCAUUUGUCUUCAUGAUGGUCUUUGGUGGUUUUCUCGUCAAUCUCAACGUCAUGCUGAGCUGGCUCUCAUGGCUGAAAUGGAUCAGUAUUUUCAAAUAUGGAUUGGAUGCUACGUUCAUCAACGAGUUUACAGGACAGCUGUUCUACAGUGGCGACGUUGCCAUCCCAGGGGAGGAGUUCCUGCAAAUCCAGAAGAUUGACUACUCCACAUGGGGCUUCUGGAGGAACCAGGUGGCUCUGCUGGGAAUCAUAUUGAGCUGCAUGAUGCUGUCCUAUGUGCAGCUGCGCCGAAUCAACCGCUGGAAGUGAGGCACAUACAUCUGUUUCUGUAUCCAUGAGCCAAACAGUGUGUGUUUAUCUUAUUUAUUUAACAAGCCUCAAAUGAAACAUAUACCAUCAUUUAGGGGAAUAAAACACAAGAGGCGA